CCGAGAUGGCUUCUCACGCCAUGACUGACUGCUUUUACCGGAAAGGAAUGCCGAGGAUCCGCAGGAGUCCGGCUUCCUUUCCGGGGAACCUCCACCUGGUCCUGGUCCUCCGACCCACCAGCUUCUUCCACCGUACUGUCACUGACAUUGGCUUUCGCUUCAGCCAGGAGGACUUCAUGCUCAAGAUGCCAGUGGUGAUGCUGAGCUCUGUCACAGACCUGCUGCGAUACAUCGAUGAGAACCAGCUCACUUCAGAGUUCGGAGGCACACUUGAUUACUGUCACAGCGACUGGAUUGUUUUACGAACGGCGAUUGAAAGUUUUGCUGUAACAGUGAAAGACAUUGCUCAGAUGCUGCAGGGCUUCGGUACCGAGGUGGCCGAAACAGAGCUGCUCGAUGACGCCAAAACCAUCGAGCGUCUCCUCGAGUCUCACACUGACAAGUAUAAAAGACUCAAGGAUGCAAUCAGAUCAGUGUCCAAAGAGGGUCGUCAUCUUCUCUCCAGCCUAGAGAUCACCGUAAAGGAGGACGACUCGCUGUGGGAUGUGAAGUUGGACUGGGAAACGGUACAGAGGCUUCUUGCGCAGCUCAGAGACAUGGAGUCAGCCUUUGAUGGCUUCUUUGAGAAGCAUCACCUGAAGCUUCAUCAGUUCCUCCAGCUGCUCAAAUAUGAGCAAAGCUUUCAAGAGAUCGAGCUGUGUCUGGAGCACCUCAUGGCUCAGGAACGAGAACUUUCCAUAUCUGUGAACACGCUGGCACAAACAGAACAAUCUCUGAAAAAACUGGAUAAUCUAGAAUCCAAUGCACAGGAGGUGAUGGCUCGAGCCCAGAUCAUCAUUCUUCACGGACACCAGCUGUCAGCCGGUCACCACUACGCCAUGGCUCUCAUCAUGCAGCGCUGCAAUGAGCUUCGCCACUACUGUGACACACUCAGUGCUGCUCUGAAGUCCAAACACUCUUUUCUUCUGCAGACACACCAACUGCUGCUCUGCCUCGGGCAGGCCCAAACCUGGUGUGAUGAUGGAGCAUAUCUGUUGGCCAAUCAGCUGGUGGAUAAAUUCCAGUCGAAGGAAGGGGCCCAGGCUGCUUUGAGGGACAUUGAGAAGUUCCUGGAGGGGUCGCCGCCCAUGCUGAGCUCAGGACUCAACAUCUUGACAAUCGAGUACGAGGCUGUUAUCACGCCUCACCUUCAGGCCCAGAUUGAGAAAACGUUUGAGAAACAUGCAACGGUACAACAAAUGUUUCAGAACCGGCAGACUUGUCUGAGGAAGCUGGCUGACAAACACAUACGACCGGUCCAACUGGUGGCCCCCAGGCCGGAAAACCCCCCUCGCUCCAAGUCCCCGCUCUUCUCCCCGAAACACGGCGAUGGGUUGAAGUUCACGUUCGACCUCUCGUUGCCUGGGAAGAGAUCAUCCAGAAAAAGCCCCAACGCCAGGAAAAUAGAGGUGAUUCACGACUACCAGGAGAGCCGCAGCUGUGUGUCGUACAGUCUGGACGGAGACGACAGCCCAGAUCUGCUGAAGCGUCAUGUGAUGAGGGAACUCAUAGAGACGGAGAGAAUCUACGUGGAAGAGCUGCUGUCAGUGUUACUGGGCUACAGGGCUGAAAUGGACAACCCCGCUCUGUCGGGGCUCCUGCCCCCGAUACUCCGCAGUAAGAGGGACAUUCUCUUUGGAAACAUGCCUGAAAUCUACAAUUUUCACAGCAGAGUUUUCCUGCAGGACCUUGAAGGAUGCCUGGAGGCUCCUGAAGGAGUGGGAGCCUGUUUUCUGGAGCGGAAAGAAAGCUUCCAGAUGUAUGAAUGCUACUGUCAGAAUAAGCCUCGCUCUGAGGCGCUGUGGAGACAGUUCUCAGACUGUGGCUUCUUUCAGGAGUGUCAAAAGAAGCUGGAGCACAAACUGGGCCUGGAUUCGUAUCUGUUGAAACCUGUGCAACGCCUCACCAAAUACCAGCUGCUGCUCAAGGAGCUGCUCAAGUACAGCACGGACUGUGAGGGCACGUCUGACCUGCAGGGGGCGCUAACAGCCAUGCUGGACUUGCUCAAGUCAGUAAAUGACUCCAUGCACCAGAUAGCCAUCACAGGAUAUGAGGGGGACAUCUGUGAGCUGGGCCGUGUGCUCAUGCAGGGCUCCUUCAGCGUGUGGAUCAGCCAUAAGAAAGGGCCCACGCGCAUGAAGGAGCUGGCUCGCUUCAAGCCGAUGCAGAGACACCUCUUCCUGUAUGAGAGGGCUCUGCUGCUGUGCAAACGACGGGAGGAGCACGGAGACGGCUGCGAUAAGACCCCCUCAUACAGCUUCAAGCAUUACCUCAAGAUGACGGCGGUGGGGAUCACAGAGAACGUCAAGGGAGAUGUGAAGAAGUUUGAGAUCUGGUACAGCGGCAGGGAGGAGGUGUAUGUGGUGCAGGCUCCCACAGUGGAGGUGAAGAUGGCCUGGCUCAACGAGCUCCGCAGAAUUUUGACUAACCAGCAGAAGCUGCUCAGAGACGAAGCGUAUCAACACGGCCAAAUGGUUGAACACAUGCAGCUUUCUCCUUCGCUCUCGGAGAGCAAGCAGCAGAGGGCGUCAGUGAGCUCAGAGGACACAGAGUCAGGGAGGAGCAGUCCAGACCCCCAGCCUCACUCGCCUAAGCACCAGCACAACCGAAGGAGUUGGCCCGGAGCUCAUCACUCAGUAGACAUCUGCGAGGGUCUGGAGGAGUGGUCUGGAGGUCGGGACACUUUCCACCCAUCUGACACGGACGAGGAGAUUCUGAUGCAGCCGUCUCCAGGCAGAUUCAGGGCUUUGGCUGACUAUCUCCAGAAUGGACCAGACAGCAUCACCAUCAAAUGUGGAGAUGUCAUCCAGCUACAAUGUGAAGACAGCAGGGGGCGCUGGCUGGUGAAAAAUCUGAGUCGGCGACAGGAGGGCUUUGUAGCAUCUGCCAGCCUGCCGCUGAUUGUAGGAGACAGCAGACGAGACUCUUCCAGGCUAGGGGACCCUGGGAACCUAAAGGUGAGGAAGCUCAGCUCGCCGUAGAGAAGAAAGCACAGAGUGUGAAUCUGGUAUUUACCUGCGGAUGACGAACACAGAGAGAGCAGACUGAGCCCAGGCUGUCUCAUAAAAGCCACCCACUCCUUACUCCCCUGCUGCUGUCUUCUUUCUGCAGCACGGUUCAGUCAGUGAGGAGGGAAAAUGUGAGAAUCCACAGAGCUGGUUUCCUCCCGUGGCUUUGACUGAUGAUCGGCUGAACCGGUGUUUUCUGAUGGUGACGCUGCACGGAGGUACCAGCACAAACGCACAGGGGACGCUCAGCCCCCCUGGACAAUCAGCAGCUUGUCCCUGGAUCUUCCGCGGUCUUCCUCUUCUCUUUCUGACUGAAAUCGCGAUUCGUGGCCCUCUGGUGCUUCAUCUGCAGCACAUGCACUCUGGACGUGAGUUUGCCAUUGCAGCAGUGGAUCACUGAGGACCGUGGACUCUUCAUCCCGGCUGAUUAUUGAGGCUAGAGUAUCUCCAAGUAUUUGUAUUCCGGUUCGUCUCUCUGUGUGCUGGAUGGAUGUUGACCCAGGAUUUGCCUGAACCAUUUCUUAAGACUGUUGUACAUAUACGAUACCAUCAUCCUCUUCUUUUCUUUGUUUUUCUUUUAUACAUUUACUGUAUUUCACUUUUUCAUCUUUGUGCCGUUAGUUACAUUUCAAAUCGGAGUGUGUUUUUUGUAACAUUUCAUUCCCAAAGGCACUUACUACACUGAUGGAGUCAAAAUGCCAAAAUGUGCCAUGCCAUAAUGCCUUUUCCUUCUCGCUCUUUUAGAGUCUCUUGUAUGUACUGUUUGCAAAAUCAAAUACCCUGUUUUUGCUUUGAACUGACCUCACCAAAUAUUCAAAAGGCACUUUAUUGAGGUGGAAAGACAAUAGACGCUAAGAAUCCGUCUUCUGUCCUCCGAAUGUGCUUUGUGCUUGAUGCUUUAUACCUCCCACUGUGCUUUCCUCCCUUUAUUCCUGCUGUUAUUUUUUAUUGUUUAUUCUUGAAUGUAUGAUGUGUUAGAGAGGCAGGGGAGACACACCCCUGCGUGCAGCCGGCGUUUGACGUGUCAGCGAUGGUAAUGGAAGACACAGAUAUAUGUGACGAUGACUGAUGGCACUGUAAUCCUCUGUGUGUGUGCGCCAGACAAAUGGGAUGCGCAUGCCGCAGAGUGUGAAACAGUGUCAUUUUCCUCAGGAUCUUCCGGGAGCAGACUGUCAGUCACGGCUCAGAAAGCAGCAGAGCGAGGUGAAAGAGGAGAGAGACGGAGAGAGCUUACGCCGGGGCUACUCCCGGUUUCCUCUGCAGCAGCACAGCUCGGUUAAUCCCGGAUUCCCCAUUAAAAGGGAUCAUCGAGCCAACAUGAAAUACAGCUUCUGUGUCGAACUCUUAAUUAAAUAUUGAUUGCAGACUUAUAUGAAUUUACCACAUCAAAUUGUGGCCCCGGUCGGAAGGCUGCCUUUGAUUCGUUGUGUUUGAUAUGGAAAUGAGUCUGGAACGCAGCAGGGGCCACUGCACUCAACGUAUUUCCUAUGUUGUUAAUUUAUUUAUUUAGCUUGCUGUCAUGUUGUUUCCCUAUAUUGUGAGGUAUCUGCGUAGUACCAAAUGAAACUAUGUCUCCAUAUAUUUAUAGGAGCCAUGCUUCUCUCGACUACAGCAUCUUUAGCUUUCCUUUAAACAAAUAGAAAAUUAGACUGUUUCUUUAUCGUUUCAGUUUAAAAUGCUGCAGAAUUUGCACAGAUUUUCCAAGUUGGAAAACCAAAAUAAAGAAACUGCUUGUAAUGAUUCUGAAGAGCCAAAGCUUGCUGCUGAGCAAUUCUUGAGUUGAAAAAGGCACGGCAACUCAACAGUGAACAGGUUUGUGUUUUUGGACAGACGCUGUUCAGCUCUGGUUUCUUUUAUACGGCUUUGGUCCUGUAAAAUAUCAUGAUGAGAUUCAAGUAUUUAUUGCAACAUUUUCUUUGUUUUUUUGAGGAAAUGUAAAGAUUCAGUAGCUCUUGUUUUAACCCAGCAAUGUUUGCCUGAAAACACCCUGAUUUCUAUUUUUUUCUUUAUCAGUGUUUCAAUGGAAACUGGCUUGUACUAUGAAAUUGUACAGGCUUUUCCCUUAUCUCAGCAUUUACUUACCAGGAAUUGGUAAUUCAGUUUUAAUGGGACACAUUUUCAACCUUUUUUGAAAACUUGAACUCAUAUAAGGUUUUUUUUUUUUUUUUUUUUUCUUUUUCAAUUUGCUCCUUAGAAAUA